UUGAAACAUUUACGUCUCCUUAAGAGUCAAGGCUUACAUAUUGAGAAGGUGCAUAAAGUAUAUCGAUACAGACAGGAAGCGUACAUGAAGGAGUUUAUUCAGAAGAUUUUUUCUUUCAGUCACCAGGAAACUUCCAAACAGACGAAGUCGGUGAUGAAACUCUUCAAUGAUGCCCUGUUAGAAAACUUUGUAUACUGUGAGCAAGAAUGGAAAGAGACUACUUCGAUUGUUAACUCUGCCUAUAAACUGCUGAAUAUGAUAUGUAAUCCGUCGUUUAAGUGUCUGUACGAGGGAAAUCUGCCUAUUGCCGUAAAAGCAAGCCCGGUUAUCGGACAUAUAAUUGAGAUAGGAUUUACGGUUCUUGAGUAUGCUAAAUAUGAAAUGAGAAAUUUCUACAAAGAGAUAAAAAACAAAUAUGGAGACCGUAUUCAGCUAGCAUACACAGAUACCGGUUCUUUUAUCUUCAGUCUGAAAACAGAUGACAUUCAAAGAGAAAUAUCCUCUUCUCCUCUGAAUAUGUAUCUAGACCGGUCGAAUUUUGAUCCCUCCCACCCUCUUCACGACAUGACACAUGCGGGUAAGCUCGGAUUCAUAAAAAGUAAGGUGGGUUCCCAAAAAAUACGAGAAGUUAUUGCUCCGAUAGCAAAAACAUAUUCUCUCCUGAUGGAAGAUGGCAUUUUAAAUAAGACUUACGUCCAGGGGAUAGACAGCAGGGAAAAACGCAAAACUCACUCGAUUUUCAAAGAAGUGCUGGAGGACGCUGCUCACAGAAAAGAGGGAAUAAUUUGUUUUGAUGAUAAACGUUAUUACGUGGAUGCGUACACGUCCUUCGGGUAUGGUCAUCCAAAUAUCCCGUUACCUGAACGGGAGGAGGAGGAGGAAGAAGAAGAAGAAGAAGAAGAAGAAGAAGGAGUAGAAGAAGAAGAAGAAGGAGAAGGAAAAGAAGAAGAAGGAGAAGGAAAAGAAGAAGGAGAAGAAGAAGAAGGAGAAGAAGAAGAAGGAGGAGGAGGAGAAGGAAAAGAAGAAGAAGAAGAAGGAAAAGAAGAAGAAGAAGAAGAAGAAGAAGAUGGAGAAGGAAAAGAAGACGAAGAAGAAGAAGGGAAAGAAGAAGAAGAAGAAGAAGAAGAAGGAAAAGAAGAAGAAGAAGAAGGAAAAGAAGAAGAAGAAGAAGGAGAAGGAAAAGAAGAUGGAGAAGAAGGAAAAGAAGGAGAAGAAGAAGAAGAAGGAGAAGGAGAAGAAGAAGGAGGAGGUGAAGAAAGAGAAGAAGGAGACGAAGAAAAAGAGGAGAAGAAGAAGAAAGAGAAGAAGGAGGAGAAAAAGAAGAAGAGAGAGAAGAAAAAGGAGGAGGAGAAAAAGAAGAAGGAGGAGAAAAAGAAGAAGAGAGAGAAGAGAAAGAAGGAGAAGGAGGAGAAAAAGAAGAAGAAAAAGAAGAAGGAGGAGAAAAAGAAGAAGAGAGAGAAGAAAAAGGAGGAGGAGAAAAAGAAGAAAAAGAAGGAGGAGAAAAAGAAGAAGAGAGAGAAGAAAAAGAAGGAGAAGGAGGAGAAAAAGAAGAAGAAAAAGAAGGAGGAGGAGGAGGGAGAAAGAAAGAGAGGAGAGCAUGUACCGAACCUUCUACCUGUGAGUCGACGGGAAGGAGAAUUAUACCCUCAAAGCGAGAGUAACGUAUCACCCUCAGUCUCUGGAAAUUUUAACAAAAGGAAGAUAUAUAUAAUACAAGAUGAAAGAAAUUACAGUAAUAAACGACAAAAAAUCUAUUCAAAUUACAAUCAAAGCGAGAGUAACGUAUCACCCUCAGUCUCUGGAAAUUUUAACAAAAGGAAGAUAUAUAUAAUGCAAGAUGAAAGAAAUUACAGUAAUAAACGACAAAAAAUCUAUACAAAUGUGUGAUCCUCUGGCCCUGCAACCGCCGUCCUGCCCGUCUUCCCAAACUCAAAGACCGAACUAGCAGUUAUACCAGAGCUAUCGUGGUUACCGGAUGCCCUAUGAAUUACUGAGACUGGUUAAUUCGUGAUUGGCUCCGAAACUGUGAUGCCACAACUGUUAUUUCAUUUGAAAGCUUAUUUUUGCGAGCAUAUAAAAAUAAUCCCAUGGAGUAACUAUUCUUCUGGUUUCGUGACUGUCCACAGACUUGUCAGAAUACAUUUGCACUACCCUGCUCAAGGAUUUGUGAGUGUGUUGACGUCAUCAAUAUUAAUACCAAUAACUGUUGUAAAGAUAUUUGCUUUCAUGUACCUCUUGGGGUAUCUCAAAAUCUUCGUAAACUCAACAAGCGUUCCAUGCCAUUAGCAACAUUCUGUUUUAUAUUUUCGUUGUUAUUACUCUGUGGGUCACAGUCUAACGCAAUUUUGUUUAGUUAUAUCACAUGUGCUUUAAUUAAACGAUUAAACGAUAAAAAAUAUAUGUCUGUAAACGAUACCAUAUAAACAAUUAUCCUGUCAUUUCUGGUAUCUAUCACCUACUGACUCGGACAUCAUAGUCUCCCGGUCAGACAUCGUACCCUACCGAUUUUCCCAUGACUACUUCAUUGCUAUAUCAUAGGGUAGGCUACUAGGAAAGCUAUAGAUAUUACUGGAUUGACAACCCUGCACACUAAUUCUCCUAUAACGGCCGUAAUUCUCUGUACCCACAGAAUAUUUUGGGUACAGAGGAUUACCACAUUAAUAAUAUUAUUAAUAAUAAUGAUACUAUUCUAAAUACACUUCGUAAAUACUAUAUAAACGUUACCAUGAUGUUAUGUAUAAUUUCUUUGUAUGAAUAAAGUUGAGCAUGUUUUCA